AUGCCGCCAACUCCGAAGCGCGCGUCCAGGCACGGUCGUUCGCUGUCAUCCAUGGCGUUCCUCUCGCUCUCCCCCUUCUCCUUCUCCUCCCAAGCCUCCACGUCUGUCGUCGGCUCCCCUCUAGGGACUCAGCACAUGUCAGACGUAGGCUCCAGUGCCGCCAGCCCGCGCCUUUUAUCCGCUGACGUGGCAGCUGCAGGCUCUCUCGCCGGUCUUGCGGCUGCCACGUCAGCGUCGUCGGCGUCCCCCAGCCCGCGCUUGCUGGCGCCGCCGGACGGCCUACAGCCGUCCUCGUUAUUCGCUAAGGGCAGGCGCGGUAAAGGCAGCCAUUGUCGCAGCCGCAGCUUAUCCGAGCCUUUCUGGUUCCUCGGCCAAACCUCAGGCUUGGACCUGAAGAGCCCGGGCCGGUUCAGGUUCGGGCCCAGGGCUCUUUCGGUGAGCGGAGGAGGCGGUGAGAGGGAAGGGGAGGGAGGAGAGGGAGUAGGCCUUAGUGACAGUGGGGGAUUGUCGUCAGGGGACGAUGCCCUGAGGGGAAUGAGUAGACGAACCGGACGAAACCCAGAAGGAAGCGGCGCUGCUGGUACUACUGGGAGUUGGAGGAGAAGCCGCAGCAGAGGACGCGCAUUGAGCCCUAUCCGAUCCGAAAGUUUCGACCGCUCAAAUGGUGACACGUGUCACCCCGCAGUUUCCGACCGCGUAUCCUUCUCCGCCAACGCCCUUCCGCCGCUCGCCAUUCCCGCGUCCACCAGCCUCGACGACACUCCCCAAGCCAGCCCCUUGCCCGGGGGCGGCGGUGGCGGAAGGUCCUCCCGCCUCCAGUCUUGGGCGGCUGCGGACUCAUUCCCUUCCCCCUCCUCCGGACGCCUCUCCGCGCAUUCCGCCCACGCCCUCCCCUCGCCGUCCGCCCACGGCCUCCCCUCGCCCUCCGCCCACCCUCUCUCCUCACCCUCCGCCCACCCCCUCCCCUCGCCUUCCGCCUACCCACCCCCCUCGCCCGCCGCCCAUCCGCUCCCCUCGCCGUUCGCGCACUCGCGCCCGCCCCGCCCCGCCUCCCCGCUCCAGUCUUCCCCCCACCCUCGCUCCGCGGACUCUAUUCGCCUGCUUGACUUUGGUGGAACGAGGGGGGGCGAGGCGUCCCGAGAGGGCAGCUUCAAGGAGUUUCUCAAGGGGCGGUUCAGCCCUCCCCGGGUCGAGCUGUUGCCGGAUACUUGUCUGCUGGAUCCGGGUGUGUACGAACCGGGACUGCUGGACGGGCGUGGGGGAGAGGGAGGUGGGGAGGACGAGGCUUCGUUGCUGCCGCUGUCGCCCACGGGUAUGCCCGUUGCUGCUCUCUCGCAACAGCAUCAUUACCAGCAGCAUUAUGAGCAGCAGCAGCAGCAGCAGCAGCAGCAGCAGCAGCAGCAGCAGCAGCAGCAGCAGCAGCAGCAGCAGCAGCAGCAGCAGCAGCAGCAGCAGCAGCAGCAGCAGCAGCAGCAGCAGCAGCAGCAGCAGCAGCGGCAGCAGCGGCAGAAGCAGCAGGAGCAGCAGUCUCGCCAGUCGCUAGAGAAUCACUCUCGUGUGGGAUGUGGGAGGGCUGGGAGCAGUGGUGAUACUGGGCCUGGCAUCACAGCGUUCUCCCUGCCCUCAACUCCCACAUCCCGGGAAACAGCCUCCCUCACAGGAGUGGGCGGGCGGGAAGCAGCAGCAGCAGGAGGAGGGGGAGCAGGGGGAGCGGUUAAGGAGCAAGCGUUUCUCUCGUCCUCCCUGUCGUCGCUGCAGUCUCGAAAGCCCUGGGGCAUCAUACCCCACACCUCCUCUGCUGCUGAUGCAGCCGGUGCAGAGGAAGAGGAGUCCAUCCCUCACCUGCCCCAUCUCUUGCACCACCUGCUCCAACACUCCACCACAGGCACCAGCAGCAGCCCCACGGCUGCACGCAGAGAGGGCCCAGAUGAAGAGCCUGGGGAAUCUGCUAACAAUGGCUUGGCUGUAGCUGAACCGGGUGCUACAGCAGCUGCAGCUGCUCGCCUGUCGCUCCUGCUGACCCCGCCACCAGGAGAGUCGGAUAUUUCGGUUGACAGCCCUGCUGCCGGCCUUAGGGUGUUUGCAGGAGCGUCUUCAGGUGCUGCUGCUGCCUCAGGUGCUGCUUCAGAUGUCGCUUCAGGUGCUGCCACUUCAGAUCCCGCUUCUGCUGGUUCAGGUGUUUCUGUGGCAAAUGCUCCUGUUUCAGGUAUCGAGUCAGGUGAAACCACAACUUUAGAGGCAAGCAGCAAAGGGAAAGCAGCAGCCGAAUCAGCACCAAAAGUCACGUCAACAGCAGUAACAAGCAACACAUUAAACGGGACAGGGACAGAAGCAGGGGUAUCAGCAGCAGCAGCAGCAGCAGCAGCAGCGCCAGCAGCAACAGCAGCAGCUCUCCCCAGUUCUCUUCACCUAUCCUCUCUUCGCCGCCCGGCCUCAGCCCAGAGCCCGCUAUCUUCCAACUCCCGCCACCGUCGGGCGGCGUCAGAAGCCCGCGAUUUCCUCAACGAGCUGGGAGCGCGCCGCCCGGCCUUCAUGAACGGUGUCGCAAAGUGCGGCCAGCAGGCGGCGCAGCACGGCAGGAGUGCGUCUGUAGCGGUGCAUUCAGGGGCGGGAGGCAGGGGUGGCGUGGGUUUAGGGGAUGGGGUUUGGGGCGGCAAGGUUGCUGAUGGUGAUAUGAUUGGUGCUGGUGAUGGUGGUGAUGGUGAUAUGGAUAGGAUUGGUGUUGAUUGUGGGAAUGCUGGUUUGGAGAAGUUUCCAAGAAACAGCAGCAGUGGGGAUGGUGGCAGGGGUGAAAAGGGCCAGAGGAGUCGGCUUGGGCGGCAUCGGUCGUCUGCUUCCUUGGAGAUGCCGCACCGACCAUUCACUGCUGAGAGCUGGCAGCAUGUGGGGGAGGUGGAUCAGGGGCACAUAGGCUGGGGGGAGGUAGAACUGGAUCAGGUGGAACUAGAGCAGGUUCAACUGCCGUGGGGUGACUCAGUAUCACACCAGGAGCAGCAGCAGCAGCAGCAGCCGUGGCAGCAGCAGCGCAAGUAUCAGCAACCACAGGAGCAGGUGUGGGAAGAGCAGGAGGAGGGGGAGAGCGAGAGUGUGGGCUGGAGCACGAGAGGAGUGGGUGUGGGAGAGUGUGAUGCAGAUGAUACCGGAGUGCAGGGGCGGGCAGAUGUGUGGGUGGCUGAGGAGGAGGAGGAAGAGGAAGAGGAGGAUGAGGAAGAGGGAGAGGAGAGAGAGGAGGAGGGAGAGGAGGAGGAGGGAGCGGAGGGGCAAGAAGAGAGGUUUGUUCUCAUGAACGUAGACGAUUCAAGCAAUCAGGAUGCUUCUGGGGGAGGUGUUUUCAGUGUUGCCAGGCCCCCAGGUGCUUUCACUGGUCAGAGCCUGUUGAGCAAAGGCAGAGGCCGAGGCCCUGCGCGCCCCUCCCCUGCCCGCCCUUCCCCUGCCCGCCCUUCCCCUGCCCGCCCUUCCUCUGCCUCCUCCUCCUCCGCGUCCUCUGCUGCAAGAGCGCAUGAUUCAUGGAAUGCGGCCCCGCUCCCUCACUCCGCCGUCCCUGCUUCCACCCAUUCCGCCUCUGCUUACCAUGCAUCUGCUCUGCACUAUCGGAGGAAACACGCGCUCUCCCCCCGCUCCGCCUCCCGAGCGCCUGCACCCCAUCACCGAAACCCCCCCAACCCCUUCGCCUCCCGCCCCUCUGCCUCUGCCGCUGUCUCUGCUGCUGCCUCAACCCAUGACAGUUGGAACAGCUCUGCUCUGCCCCCCGCAUUUGCUAUGAGCCAGCCUUUCAACCCCCCCAAACCCUUCGCCUCCCGCCCUUCUGUCUCUGUCUCUGCUUCAACCCAUGACAGCUGGAACAGCUCUGCUCUGCCGUCCGCCUUUGCCAUGAGCCAACCCUUCCCCCCGUCAGCCCUCCGCUCCCCCCACUCCCUCCCCCACCACACCAACCACCUCCCCCUCAGGUCCCCCCGCUUCCCCAUCCCCUCCCCUCGCCGCCCCUCCCCUCCCUCCCGCCCACCUGCUGCUGCGUCCUCUCUCCUCCCCGUUUCCCCUCACAGCCGUUUCUCUACCUCCACCCCUCCAAACCCUCCUUCCCCUCAUACCCCUCCAUCCCCCACUGCAUAUAACCAAGAAGACCCCUUCCCUCCUUCACUCUCAUCCCGCCCUGCCCCAACUCGUCCCAGCACUGCCCCUCACUCCUCCCCUCCCACUGGCACACGCGACCGGCCUGCCCGCCUCCCAGGUCCCCACCUGAGAAUCCACCUGACAGAACCUGAUUCCGAUCAAGCUCCCGACUCACUCUCUCGCCUGACCCCUGGCCCUGCUUCUGCUUCUGGUGCGGGCAGGAGCAGCAGUGGGCGCUGGAGCCACCUUCAGAGCCCACGUUUGCUUCCCAACGUGCUAAGCCCGCAUGUAGCAGCAAGCAGCCCACGCAUAGCAGCAUGCAGCAGCCCGCACAUUGCAGCAAACAGCCCGCGCUUCGAUCGCCUGCACGCUCUCCCACAUGCUAAGAAGUCCCCUCUCCCUAGAGACCUCGUCCCGGAUCCCUGGGACUCCCCGGAUCGCCCUUCUUCCGUCGAUAAUCUGGGUGUAAUCGGUAAUUACCCUCAGCAAAAUCCAGGGGUACUUCCCUGGGAAGGGGACGGUGGGUAUUCGGCUGCUGGUCCAGCUUCUGACGAGCAGCACUCACAGUGGGAGUUUGGGAGACAAGACGAACGCCCCCAAACCGCCCCGGAUCGGAGCCUGCUUCGCCGAGGCAGCCGCAGCAGGUUCGGGGAGAGGCUCGGGGAGAGUGGGAGGUUCGGAGGGGAGAGGCUGAGGGACUUGGAGGAGCAGGAGGAGUGGGGGGAGGAGUGUGUGGAGGAGCAUGGGGAGAGGCUUGGGGAGAGGUUCGGGGAGAGGAUGGCGGAGAGGUUCGGGGGAAGGCUCGGAGGACAUGACAAGAACCAUAGGAGGGGAUACAAUGGCAGAUGGGCGAGCACGGGGUCUUUCCAGGAAAGGGGGCAUGUGGGGCUGCAGGGAGGGGAGGCGGGGGGAGUGGGAGGAUAUGGUGGAGGAGAGGGUAGGAGGCGCGGUGGGAUGAGUGGUGGUGGUGGUGGUGGUGGUGGUGGUGGUGGUGGUGGUGGUGGUGGUGGUGGUGGUGGUGGUGGUGGUGGUGGUGGUGGUGGUGGUGGUGGUGGUGGUGGUGGUGGUGGUGGUGGUGGUGGUGGUGGUGGUGGUGGUGGUGGUGGUGGUGGUGGUGGUGGUGGUGGUGGUGGUGGUGGUGGUGGUGGUGGUGGUGGUGGUGGUGGUGGUGGUGGUGGUGGUGGUGGUGGUGGUGGUGGUAAUGGUUAUGGUGGUAGCAACGCGGGGGAUUCUGAUGGGGAGGAGUGGUCGGAUGAGGAUGAUGCCAGAGCAGCAGGGGGUGGGACAGAGAGAGGAGGGGCUGGAAGAGGGGGUGGGGGAGGGGGAUUUCAAGCAGAGGGCGGGGUGAGAGGCACGGGGCUGGCAGGGAGGUACUCGGCAGCGGGCACGUCGCUCCUGAGGCGGCACAGUACCUCCAACCGACGCCGCCCGGCCAUGCGAUCGCUGGACGAGCACGAGGAGGAGGGCGGGACGGGGGUCAGGGACUUGUGUCUAGCGUGGGGUUGGGGUUGGGGCGGCCGAUGGUUUCCAGAUGGACAGGGGCAGGAGGGGGUGGGGGGAGAGAGCGCGGGAGCAGAGGCGGGAGGGAUGGGGAGUAGGAGGAUAUGCCAGGCGUGUCUAUGUCGUGUGGGAGCGGGGCGGUUUGGACGGGAAGCGGGUUUAAUGGUGCACGGGGUGCUGCUUUUGAUGCUGCCCAUGUGUGGGCACCUGGUGGGGCACCUGAGGCAGGCGCUGCGGGCGGCAACGGGCCGCAAGCCGCGAGCAACCUCCGUGCGCCCCGGGCACGUGUUCGCGUCUGCUGACGUGGCGCAGCUGCGCGGGGCGCGCGAGGCGAUUAAGGACAUCAUCACGAGCAAGUCGUGCAACCCUAUCCUCAUCCGCCUGGGCUGGCACGAUGCAGGCACGUUUGACAAGUCCGUGGGCGAGUGGCCGAAGCAAGGCGGUGCGAACGGCAGCAUUCGCUUCCGCCCCGAGAUCGACCACGGGGCCAACAAGGGGCUGGCGGGGGCUAUCGCUUUGCUACAGCCGGUCAAGGACGCCUUCCCUGCUGUUAGCUGGGCCGACCUGUUCCAACUCGCCAGCGCUACAGCCGUUGAGUUUGCAGGAGGGCCCAAGAUCCCCAUGAGGUACGGCCGAGUGGACACCACCAGCCCUGAGGACUGCACACCUGAGGGCAACCUGCCAGAUGCGGGUCCCCCCUCCCCCGCUGAUCACCUGCGCAAGGUGUUUUACCGCAUGGGGCUCAACGACCAGGAGAUAGUGGCGCUGUCAGGAGCACACACGUUGGGGAGAGCCCAUGCCGAUCGCAGCGGCUGGGGCAAGGAGUCCACCAAGUACACGAAGGACGGACCGGGUCGGCCAGGGGGCUCCUCGUGGACCGUGCAGUGGCUCAAGUUCGACAACUCGUAUUUCAAGGACGUGAAGGCAAAGCAGGACGAGGAAUUGCUGGUGCUACCAACGGAUGCCGCUCUCUUUGAGGACCCGGGCUUUAAGGUCUAUGCAGAGAAGUAUGCAGCAGACCAGGCAGCAUUCUUUAAUGACUAUGCCGCGGCGCACAAGGCACUCAGCGAGUUGGGAGCCAAGUUCGACCCGCCACAGGGCGUUACUCUAGAGGCAGAGGGCCCUCGCCCGGUGAAGUUCGUGGCAUCUGAAUACUCGUCCGGGAAUACCCAGACCGAGAUGUCGAGUGCCAUGAAGAAGAAGCUACGAGACGAAUACAUCGGCUUGGGCGGCAGUCCCGACCGCCCGUUGCAGACCAACUACUUCCUGUAUAUCAUGAUUGGAGUGGCGGUGCUUGCCAUCCUUACCAAGCUCACGGGAGCUAUUUGA